CUUGAGCUACCUUCGCUGACUUCCCAGUCAACUUACCACCAUGCCUCGCCGUCUCCUGUUUUCCUCCUCUCUCUUCUUCCUCCUCUUCCUCCUCUGCAUCCCAGCUCACAGCCGCCGCCGAUUCCUCUUCACCUCCGACCUCGUCUCCGAUGGAGUCCAUGAUCUGUCAAGCGGCUCGCCUUGCCUUCUCCUCAAGCCAUUUUCUGCCGAGGAGUCGUCCUGUGAGCAGACCUACGGGUUCAUGCCGUGCACCACCACCGCUCUCGGUAACAUCUUCUUGAUUAUCGUCUAUGGAUACCUAAUGUACUUGUCCGCCACCUACUUGUCCAAGGGCAGUGAGCUGCUGCUGGAGAUCCUCGGUCCUGGGAUUAUCGGAGGCCUUUUCCUGCCCAUGCUCGGCUCUCUCCCUGACGCUGUGCUUAUUCUCGUAUCUGGACUCUCUGGAACGGCAGAAACUGCUCAAAGUCAGGUCUCUAUUGGAAUGGGGUUGCUUGCUGGGUCAACUGUGAUGCUUCUCACUGUGAUAUGGGGUUCUUGUGUUGUUGUUGGUAGGUGUGAUCUUCAUGAUUCUGUUGCAAUUGAUGGAACCAAUACGAAAGGAUUUAGCUUAACAGAUACUGGCGUCAGUACUGAUAUUUGGACUUCCUAUGCUGCAUGGAUAAUGGCUGUAUCUGUUAUACCAUUUAUUGUUGUUCAACUACCGCAAAUUCUCAAUUCAACUUCAGCAAGGAACUUAGCUGUCUUGAUUGCACUUAUUUUGUCUCUUGCAAUGCUGGUUUCUUACUGUCUUUAUCAGGAUAAGGAAGCUUGUUUUACUUUUAUGAUUAGCAUAUCAGGUCUUUCAGCCUUGGAUCCAGAAGAGACGACUUGCCUAUGCAAAACACAAGCAUGUGAUAUCAGGAAUCCUCAUGAACCUGAAAGUCUGAAACAGCGUGCUCUAGGAAAGCUUCUGACUGAUGAAGGAGAACCCAAUGUGGAAGUCAUAAAAAAGUUGUUUCAUACAAUUGAUGAGAAUCAUGAUCGGCUUCUUUCAGCUGGUGAAUUAAGAGCACUGAUUGUAGGAAUUCGGUUUGAGGAGAUAGAUUUGGAUAAGGAUGAUGCUGCGAUUAAAGUUUUGAAGGAUUUUGAUACCUCCAAUGACUACUUCAUGAGUGAGGAUGAGUUUCUAGUGGGUAUCUCAAAGUGGCUUAAUGAGGCAAAGCGUGUUGUGGGAUAUUCACCUGAUUCUGGUCCCCAAACAUUUAAAUUUAUACAAGAUUUUCACCUGCAAACUGGGAGAGAGCAUCGCCUGUUGGGUGCAGAUGGGGAACAAAGUGAUGAGGUUGUUGAGAGUGUUGAAAAUCCUAGGUGGAACUCCUUCAAAGCUGUACUAAUGCUGUUGCUGGGAACGCUUAUUGCUGUGGCUUUUGCUGAUCCCCUGGUUGAUGCCAUCGAUAAUUUUUCAGAUGCAACGAGCAUCCCAACAUUCUUCGUCUCUUUUAUUGUAUUGCCAUUGGUCACCUCUAGUGAAGCUGUAUCUGGCAUUAUUUUUGCUAGUCGUAAAAGCCAGAGGACAACCUCCUUGACAUUCUCUAUGAUUUACGGGGCAGUAACUAUGAACAACGUCCUUUCGCUGUCAGUUUUCUUAGCACUGGUUUAUGUGAGGGGAUUGACAUGGGACUUCUCAUCUGAGGUGCUGAUAAUUCUUAUUGUUUGCCUUGUUAUGGGAGCCUUUGCCAGUUUCCGCACCACAUUCCCUCUAUGGACAAGUUUAGUGGCUUUUAUUCUCUACCCUUUCUCCCUGGCGCUGGUUUGUGUUCUGGAUUACGUCUUUGGUUGGUCAUAAACUCAUGAUUCUUGAACAAUUAAAGAUUAGCUUGGGGAGGUAAGUGAAUGUCUAGAACUUUGCGGCUUUUACCACGUAUCACCUUUAUAAUUUCUGCAGAUUGAAAAAAAAAAACAAAAAAACUUUACAAUU